AUGGAAGUCGAUAACCCAGAAGAAGGUGCCUCAACAUCGGCCGUAAUAGAUCCCAUGGAAGGAUGUUCUACCAGUACAAACAACGUGUUAACUACUGCGCCUCCUCAAUCGAAAACUGUUAAAAGUGAUUUAAAUACGCCAUGGAUUGAAAAAUAUCGCCCAAAAUCAUUCACAGACAUUGUUGGAAAUGAAGAAACUGUUUUGCGAUUGGAAAAGUUUUCUUCGUGCGGAAAUGUACCAAACAUCAUUAUUGCGGGUCCUCCUGGUGUUGGUAAAACCACAACGAUAUUGGCUCUAGCUAGAAUACUUCUAGGAGGUGCUUUCAAAGAAGCCGUACUAGAACUAAAUGCUUCCAGUGACCGUGGUAUUGAUACUGUACGAAACAAAAUCAAAAUGUUUGCCCAACAAAAAGUCACAUUGCCUCCUGGUAGACACAAAAUAAUUAUUUUAGACGAAGCCGAUAGUAUGACUGAUGGAGCUCAGCAAGCACUUAGACGUACUAUGGAAUUAUGGAGUAAUACAACAAGAUUUGCACUUGCCUGUAACAAUAGUGACAAAAUUAUUGAAGCAAUUCAGUCACGUUGUGCCAUGUUGCGAUAUGGAAAACUUUCUGAUCAAGAAGUCAUGACUCAGAUGCUUAAAGUCUGCAAAUCCGAAGAGGUAUCUUUCAGUUCCGAUGGUUUGGAAGCUGUUGUAUUUACUGCACAAGGUGACAUGCGACAAGCUUUGAACAACUUACAAUCCACAUGGAAUGGAUUUAGACACGUCGAUAGCACAAACGUAUUUAAAGUUUGUGACGAGCCACAUCCCCUACUUGUUAAAGAAAUGUUAUUGGAAUGUGCUGACCAAAAUAUCUCCAAGGCUUAUAAAAUAAUGGCCCAUUUAUGGAAACUCGGUUAUGCCCCUGAAGACAUCAUUACAAACAUAUUUAGAGUUGCUAAACAUUUGGAAAUCAAAGAAUCUCUGAAAUUAAAAUUUAUACAGGAGAUUGGAAUGGUUCACAUAAGGAUUGUGGAAGGAAUGAACUCAUUACUUCAAUUGUCAGGAUUAUUAGCCAAGUUGUGCACAGUAGCUGCCAAAACAGACGGUUAA